CAGAUCAUUUUACAACAGGGUCCUUGGCCGACAUGCGUCAGGCUUUCAUUCUUCUUUCGUGCGCUCUUGUGAGCCUGAGGGGCGCAGAAAGCGCUGCAACUGCAGCACCCUCAUGUGGCACAGUUCCCGCAGAUAUUGUGUUUUUACUUGACUCUUCAGGAUCUGUGGGAUCUGCAAACUUUCGAAAGCAGCUAGACUUUGUGAAAAAAUUCGCUAACACAUUUGACAUAGGACCUAGCAAUGUGCAGAUUGGUGUUGAGACGUUUGCCACGACUCCUCACCAUCAGUUUUUCAUGAACAAAUAUCCAUCUAAGAGUACAUUACUAAAUGCCAUAGGCUCUGUACCUUACCAAUCGGGUUCCACUCACACCGAUUUGGCUUUGAAAUACGUCAUGGAUCAUGACUUUAAACCAGCUGCUGGGGACAGAGACCAUGUGGUCAACAUCCUUAUUGUGAUGACCGAUGGUCAGUCCAAUGACCGCCAGGCCACUAUUACUCAGGCAAACAAACUUCAUGGUAUGAAUAUCAAAACAUUUGGUAUCGGUAUUGGCAGUGGAAUUAACCGGGCUGAAUUAGAACAUAUUGCAACUGACUCGAAACACGUCUUCACUGUGUCUAAUUUUGAUGCUCUGAACACUCUGCAAGCAGAACUGAAGAAGACAGCUUGUGAAGUCGACGGAGCUUGGAGCAAAUUCGGAUCCUGGUCUCCCUGCACCAAAACCUGUGGUGGAGGAACUCACUACAGAGAAAGGUCUUGCAACAACCCCCCACCUGCCAAUGGCGGUAAAAACUGUGUCGGAGCAGCAAGAGAAACAGGAACCUGUAACACUAAAGCAUGUCCAACGACACCCCCUCCCACCACCAAACCUCCAACAACUCGACCCCCUCCCACCACGACUCCCCGACCAGGAUGUGGUGUUGUUCCCGCUGACAUUGUCUUUAUUCUCGACUCUAGCGGUAGUGUAGGAAACACCAAUUUCCAGAAGAUGUUGGACUUCGUCAAAAACAUGGUCAAUGGUAUGGAUAUCAGUGCAACAGGAACAGAAGUUGGUGUCAUCACCUACAGUGACAGAACUCAUCUGGAAUUCCACUUAAAUGCACACCACGACAAGCAAUCCCUUGCAAAUGCUAUCAAUAAUAUCAGAUAUAUUUCUGGAGGUACUAACACAGCUGAUGCCUUGAAAUAUGCCCGGGAAACGAGCUUCCAGACAGCCAAUGGUGCAAGAAAUAAUGCUGCCAAGAUUGCUAUCGUUAUUACCGAUGGUAAAUCAACCAGUACUAUUGCCACAUCUGCCGAGGCCCAGAGAUUAAGACAGAAAGGUGUUACCGUCUUCUCUGUCGGUGUAGGAGCCGCCAACAAACAGGAGUUGAACGCUAUGGCUACUGACCCAGAUGCUUCUCAUGUUUUCGUUGUCAACAAUUUCGACGCCUUAAAACAGAUCAAUGGUGAAUUGGCACAAAAAGCUUGCGAAGUCAAAGCAACCACCGCCCCACCACCAGCCAACAAAACAGAUUGUGGUGCUAAGGCCGAUAUUGUCUUCUUACUGGACUCCUCUGGUAGCGUGGGGUCCACCAACUUCAACAAGAUGUUGAAGUUCGUAGAGGGUGUUGCCCAGACGUUCAAUAUUGGACCAAAUGAUGUUCAGAUUGGAGUAGACACCUUUUCCACAGGACACAAAGCUGAAUUCAAUUUGAAUUCUCAUCUGGAUAAGCAAUCUUUGGUUACAGCCAUUAGUCAUAUUCCUUACAAGUCUGGUUCAACUCACACUGGUGAAGCCAUCCAGUUUAUGCAUGCCAACAGUUUCACUGCUGCUGCAGGAAAGAGACCAGGCGUACCGAAAAUUGCCAUUGUUGUUACGGACGGUAAUUCCAACAACCGACAGUUGACUUCUGCCGAAGCUGACAAAGCUAGAAAGGACAAUAUUACCAUGUUUGCCAUAGGUGUUGGGCACGGAAUCAAUGAUAAUGAAUUAAAUUCCAUUUCCUCAAAUCCUGACAGCCAGUACACCUUCCAUGCUGAAAGCUUCGACUCUCUGACUUCACUUAAAGGAUCUCUAUCAUCCAAGACAUGUGAACAGGCAAAACCAACCGUAGGACCAGCUCCUAACUGCAACGCUGGAAGUGUUGCCGAUAUCGUUUUUGUUCUGGAUUCUUCUGGAAGCAUCAGGAAACCAAACUUCGACAAAAUGAUCAACUUCGUAAAGGAUAUGGUCAGAAACUUUGACAUUGGCCCUAACAAAAUCAGGAUUGGUGUUGAAACCUUCAGCAGUCGUCCCUAUCAAGAGUUUCAACUAAACUCCCACAUGGACAAAGCCUCUCUUUUAUCUGCUCUUGAUAAGAUCACCUAUAAGAGCGGUGGUACCAACACAGGAGACGCCCUCAAUACAAUGUACUCCAAAAUGUUCACCGCCGCUAACGGUGACCGUUCAAACGUACCAAAUAUCGCCAUUGUUCUCACUGACGGAAACUCCAACAACCACCCCAAGACGGUCAAGGAAGCUAACAAUGCCCACAAAUCGGGUAUCAACGUCUUUUCUAUCGGUAUUGGUUCUGGCAUCUCCAAAUCUGAGCUGAAUGAUAUUGCCUCGGAUCCUGACAGUGCUCACGUUAUGACCAUUACUAACUUCAACCAGCUUCAGCAAAUCCAAGGCGCCUUCCAGGCCAAGACCUGCAAUGUUAUUCCUCCUUCUCCUGGACCCAAUAUGACUCCUCCUGCACCAAUCGACCCUUGUCAGGAUGCCAUCGCAGACUGUGCUAGAUAUGGCCAGUCCUCCUGUAUCGGACAAUACACUGAUUGGGCUAAAAUAAAUUGUCAGAGAUUCUGUCAAUUCUGUACACCUCAAAUCAAGACCCCACCACCUCCUUGUGAGGACGCACUCGCUGCCCCUCAGAAAUGUACUCAAUUCGAUCCCAAUGUCUGCACCCAGUACAAGCCAUGGGCCCAGGCAAACUGCAGAAAAUUCUGUGGAUAUUGCAGUCCUGAUGCAAAGGGACAACCCGGAUACUACGGCAAAUGUUAUUACAACGGCAAAACAUACACACAGGGACAGAGGUGGUCCGACGGCUGUGCUUACGAAUGUACAUGUGAUGAUGCCCUCCAUGGAAAAUACAGCUGCUACAACAAAUGCCCCGCCUACUACAACCUACCUCCUCAGUGCACUCUGACAAAAAAGACUGGAGAAUGCUGUUUACAGCCUGUUUGUAACUUUAACCCUCAAUACCAGACUCAGACAGGCCAGAAGGUCGUCAACGUUAACGGAGUCAACAUGUGUAUGUAUGCUGGUAAAAAUUACUACCAGGGACAGACCUGGUCUGUUGGAUGUGAAUAUGACUGUCAGUGUGUUGAUGCUGGCGCUGGAAUGUGGAGCUGUCAAUCUAAAUGCCCAGUUUACCAGAAUAUUCCAUCCAUCUGUCAUUUGGAGACUCCUCCUGGUAAAUGCUGCGAGGAGCCAAGAUGUGACUUUAGCAACCAGUAUGGAACUUUCUCUGGUGUUGGAACUGUUUCUGGAAACGGAACAGCAACCACUCAGCCAACAGCCCCUCCACCAUGCGUUGACAAGAUCAAUAACUGUAACCAAUACCAACUGGCUACAUGUACAGACAAACUCUACAGAGACUGGGCUCUGGUUAACUGUCCCAAAUUCUGUGGAUUCUGUCCUUUGUUGAACCAACCUGGACCUGAUGACCGCUGUGUUUAUAAGGGAACGACUCACAAACAAGGAGAAACUUGGUAUGAUGGAUGUGAAUAUGAGUGUUUGUGUGAGAAUGCUAAGUAUGGAUACUACAGGUGCAAUAAGAGAUGCCCUGAUUAUACAAAUCUACCUCUUGGAUGUAAUAUGGUGAAGGUCAAUGGUGAAUGUUGUCCUACUAUCAAUUGUACUGCUGGGGCACAGGGAACAUUUGUAGGUUCUGGCACGGUGCCAUCAAUUGGAGGAUAUCCCAUCCCAUCUAUCAGACCCACAGCUGCUCCUAACCCACUCAAUCCAGGGGCACCCACUGUAGCACCACAACUUGUACCCAAGCAGAUUGAUGGAUGCUACUACAAUGGACAGUUGUACCAGCAGUCCCAGAGAUGGGUGGAUGGUUGUAAAUACUCAUGUGUCUGUGAUGAUGCCAAAACAGGAAGAUACAGAUGUUCUCCAAAAUGCCCCUCAUUUAACAACUUGGAUGCUUCAUGCACACUGAAGGAAGAUCCAAAUGAUCCAUGUUGUCAGGUGCCAGACUGUCAUCCACCAGCUGGAUCUACUCUGAUUAAUGUCCCUGUUCCAUCGUAUGGCCCAGGUAUCACAGGGUAUGGUGUUGCUAAAUAUCCACCAGUUACCGUGACUGGCACCACCGGACCAGGAACUAGCGGAAGCGGAACCCCAUCCUCCUUCACCGGUUUUGGAAAUGUAGGACCAACUGUAUCAGGAUCAACAAAGGGUGUUUGCAUUUACAAAGGACAGGUUCAUCAGCAGGGACAGACCUGGGAUGACGGUUGUGACUACAGGUGUACAUGUGUGGAUGCUUCCAUUGGACAGUACAGAUGCAGCGAUAGAUGUCCCUCCUACCAAAACCUUCCUCCUCAGUGCCGAAUGAUCCAGGACCCCAAGGAUUCCUGUUGCCAGACAUAUGUAUGUGACCAAACUGUAACAACGCCCCGUCCAAUUCUAAUUCGAACCACUCCUGCCUCAGGAACAGGAGAUUACUGUGUGUAUAAGAGCCAAUACUACCACCAGGGAGAAGAAUGGAUGGACGGCUGUAGUUACAAAUGCCGAUGUGAGGACGCCAAAAAUAAAUACUACCAGUGUACAGAAAGAUGUGGACAAUACUCCAACAUCCCUGUAGGAUGUACCUACGUCACUGAUCCUAAAGAUUCCUGUUGCCGUAUCCCACAAUGCAGUGUAUCCGGAAGCACUGGUCAGACAGUUAGUGGAUUCAACCCAGCUGGAUACACUGGAAGUUUUACCGGACAAGGCAGACCCCAAGUUGCAUCUGGAAGUACUUCCGGUUCAACUACAGGCUAUUCAAGUGCCUGUAUUUACAAGGGACAAAUCUAUCAACAAGGGCAGACAUGGCAAGAUGGCUGUGACUAUAACUGUGAAUGCAUCGAUGCAGCAAAGGGCGUCUACCGUUGCAGUGAUAGGUGUCCACGUUAUGGAACACUGCCAAGUGAAUGCCAUUUAGUGCCAGACGCAAAUGACAGGUGUUGCCAGAAACCAGAGUGCAACCCAACUGGCCCAGCUUCUUGUCGUGACGUCAAAUCUGACUGCGCAUCUUACGGAAGUUACGCAUGUCACGAACCCUACGCUGGUUGGGCAAAGGACAACUGCGCUAAAUUCUGUGGAUUCUGUGGGAAUGGCACCGCAACAACUCAGACUACAACCUCACCAGGAGUCUGUUCAGACAAAAUUCCGAACUGUAAAGACUUUGGUACCCAAUCUUGUUCUGGCCAGUUUAUCGGAUGGGCAAAAUAUAACUGUCCCAAGACUUGUGGAUACUGUGGUGCUACAGGAACGGGCACUAGCGGAGGAACUGUAACAGGAGUUCCAGUGGCACCCUCCAUGAUAACUGGAGCGGGAACAUCCGGAACUUCUGGAACAGGAACAGGGGCUUGUCGGGAUGCUCUGCCUAAUUGUGUGGAAUUUACCAAGAGUUCUUGUGUAGAACCUUAUAUCUCUUGGGCUGUGAAGAAUUGUCCUGCCUACUGCGGAUUCUGUGGACCAAACGGUACCAUUAUUGUUACCGGAAGUACUGGUGGUAUGACUGGAACAGGUACCGGAACUGGUGGUACUGGAACUGGAACCCAGGGUGGUAUGACAGGAGUAGGAAUGGUGACUUCUAUACCAGGCAGUUCUUUUACAGGAAGUGGUGGCGGAUGCUUGUACAAAGGACAACUGUACCGUCAAGGAGAACAAUGGAAUGACGGAUGUGACUAUAACUGCACUUGUUCAGAUGCAUCACGUGGUUAUUAUGUAUGUAGGGCGCUAUGUCCUCAGUAUACUAACCUUCCACAAGGAUGUGUCAUUGUUAAACCAAGUGGACAAUGUUGUGGACAGCCUCAAUGUACUGGAGGUACCGGAACUGGAACAAUGACAGGAACUGGUGGAACUGGUACCAUGACAGGAACCGGAACCGGAACUGGUACCAUGACAGGAACAGGAGGAACAGGUGGAACUAUUUCAGGUCAGAACCAGGGAUGUUUCUACAACGGACAAUUGUAUCAACAAGGGCAGACAUUCGACGACGGAUGCAAAUACACAUGCACAUGCGCAGAUGCUUCAAGGGGUUACUACACAUGUCAGAACAAAUGCGUUGAUUGGCAGCUACCACCCGUCUGUACACUGAAUCCACCUGGCCCAGGUAAAUGUUGCAAGACUCCAAACUGUCCCGCAGGCUUCGUCAUCAACUAUCCUCCAGGCUACACGGAACAGUAAUUGUUAGUAAAACAGUUAAAAACACUGUUAUUAUUUGUAUCAAUUGUUUAUAUGAAAAGUACAUUAAAAUGUUACAGGA